ACCGUUGCUCAACACAUUCCCGACUUGCUUGGAACAGAGGGCUCCAGAACGAGCAGGCGAACACCGGGUUUAAGAAAAGUUUAUGCUCGGAGUGCUGCGCGCAAGAAGGUCCUGAAACCGGCGAUUUAAUUGCGGAAGAAAGUUCUCUCCAAAGGCCAGUUUUGAGACUGGACAGUGAUGAUGUCCAUGCAAAUGAAUGAGGCAGAGGGCUCGGUGAAGGUGGCUGAGUGGCAGCAGACAUACUACGCCCACGACUCCGGCAUCCAAUCAGGCGCCACCACCGUGCGAGAUGACGAGGGCACAGAGUACAGCGCCAAGAAGUAUGCCGUCACCACCACGUUGGUGGAAAACCCUACAGAGGUGGAGGCCCAGUACACCCUGACACGGGCCCAGCGGGUGAGAGCGGCCAUGUUCCCAGAGACCCUGGUGGAGGGCGAGGCGGUGCUGUCCACUCAGACUGACCCGGGUCAGCAGACCAACGUCCAGCGGCUAGCUGAGCCCUCGCAGCUCCUCAAGACCGCCAUCGUCCACCUCAUUAACUACCAGGAUGACGCCGAGCUGGCUACUCGCGCCGUGCCCGAGCUCACCAAGCUGCUGGCCGACGAUGAUGCGGUGGUGGUCAACAAGGCGGCCAUGAUCGUGAACCAGCUGACACGGAAAGAGGCGUCUCGCCGGGUGCUGAUGCAGUCCCCCCAGAUGGUGGCGGCGGUGGUGCGGGCCAUGCAGAACACGGGAGACAUGGAGACAGCCCGUUGUGCUGCCAGCGUCCUCCACAGCCUGUCCCACCAGAGAGAGGGCCUGCUCGCCAUCUUCAAGUCCGGGGGCAUCCCCGCCCUGGUCCGCAUGCUCAGUUCUCCCAUGGAGUCAGUGCUGUUCUAUGCCAUCACCACCCUCCACAACCUGCUACUGCACCAGGAGGGAGCCAAGAUGGCGGUGCGCCUGGCCGACGGCCUGCAGAGGAUGGUGCCCCUGCUGAAAAAGAGCAACCCCAAGUUCCUGGCCAUCACCACUGACUGCCUGCAGCUGCUCUCCUAUGGAAACCAGGAAAGCAAGCUUAUCAUCCUAGCCAACGGGGGCCCUGAGGGGCUGGUCUUCAUCAUGAGGAACUAUAAUUAUGAGAAACUGCUGUGGACCACCAGCCGUGUGCUCAAAGUUCUCUCAGUGUGCCCAAGCAACAAGCCCGCCAUAGUGGAAGCUGGGGGCAUGCAGGCCCUGGGACAGCACCUGACUGGCUCCAGCCAGCGCCUCACACAGAACUGCCUCUGGACCCUGAGGAACCUGUCUGAUGCUGCCACUAAACAGGAGGGUCUGGACGGCCUGCUGCAGGUGUUAGUGGGACAGCUGGGUUCGGACGACGUCAACAUGCUGACGUGCGCCACGGGGAUCCUGUCCAACCUCACCUGCAACAACUCCCGCAACAAGACCCUGGUCACGCAGUGCGGCGGCGUCGAGGCGCUCAUCCACGCCGUGCUGCGGGCAGGAGAAAAGGAGGAUGUGGCUGAGCCCGCCGUCUGCGCCCUGCGCCACCUGACGUCACGCCACCAGGACGCUGAGCUGGCCCAGAAUGCUGUGCGGCUGCAUUAUGGUAUUCCUGCCAUUGUCAAGCUGCUGGGGCAGCCCCACUACUGGCCUGUGGUGAAGGCCACGGUUGGUCUGAUCCGUAACCUGGCGCUGUGCCCAGUCAAUCAGGCCCCACUGAGGGAUGCUGGAGCCAUCCCCCGAUUGGUCAACCUGCUGCUGAAGGCUCACCAGGACACCCAGAGACACGCCUCCAGUUCUCAGCAGACGUACCAGGAUGGUGUUCGUAUGGAGGAGAUAGUGGAGGGCUGUACAGGAGCCCUGCACAUCCUGGCUAGAGACCCCGUCAACAGGGGAGAGAUCGCCAGCAUGCAGACCAUCCCACUCUUUGUACAGCUGUUGUACUCGUACGUGGAGAACGUGAAGCGUGUGUCUGCGGGGGUGCUGUGUGAGCUGGCCCUGGACAAGCAGUCUGCGGAGAUGAUCGACGCAGAGGGAGCCUCCGCCCCACUCAUGGAGCUGCUGCACUCCAACAAUGAGGGCAUCGCCACCUAUGCAGCAGCCGUUCUCUUCCGUAUCUCGGAGGACAAGAGUUCUGACUACAGGAAGCGUGUGUCCGUGGAGCUCACCCACUCACUGUUCAAACACGACCCUGCAGCCUGGGAGAUGGCCCACAAUGCUGUACCCAUGCAAGCUGCAUACUUGGCGGAUGAGCUGGAUGGAGGCUACCCCCCCUAUGGCUACUCUGACCUGGGAAUGGGCGGGAUGCCACUGGAAGCAGAGAUGCAUGAGCAGUACAUGCCUGAGAUGGCCUACGAUCCCCGACAGGCCUACCCAGAGCCCCUCUAACACACAGGGUCAGGCACAAAAUGGAAAGGGUGAAAUUGGCGUGAACACCAUGGAGGGACAGCUGAAAGAGGAUUUCACCACAAAGGGAAACUCCUAUUUCAUGGGGAGACAUUGGCCAAUCAGGGUCUGUUGUCAGAAAACACAAGAAAAAGAAAAGAAAAAAACAAUAACAAGAAUUUAGUGUUCCUCAAAAUGAAAAG